AUGAGGGUGAGUGUAUGGUACGGAUUGUUGCAUGCUGCGGCGUGGACGCGCGCGGUUAGUCUGCAAGUGAGCGAAGACAGCGACGAACAGUGGACGGUCGCGCUCCGGGAUUCGCGGCCUAUUCCGGGCGGGUCGCCACUGAGCAGGUGCGACUUGGAUGAGGACCAUCUCCUGGACGUGCAGGAGAUAGAGAUUACGCCGAACCCACCGCACCGCGGUAAGAACUUGACGGUGGAGGCGCGGGGUGACUUAUUCGGGCCCGUAGAGGACGGCGCGUACGUGACUGUGGAGGUGCGGCUCGGAUACAUCAAAUUGUUGUCGGAGACGUUCGACUUGUGCAAGGAGCUAGAGGAGAAUGACUUGGGGCUGCAGUGCCCGUUGGAGGAGGGCGAGUAUGAGUUGUCUAAGACCGUCGAGAUACCGCAGCAGGUACCACCGGGGCGGUAUCACGUGGUGGCACGCGCGUACACUGUGGACGACGAGCCGAUCACGUGCCUCACAGGGGACGUGUACUUCCCGCCGCUGAUGCCGGCCGAGCGCUCGCGCAUGCCCCGCCUCAUCGAUCCUCGCCGCAUGCGGCGCCUCAUGGACCCUCGCCGCAAGCCGCGGAUCAUGGACGAGGGGUCGGGGGCCGCGGCGUGA